CGGUCGUACCUACUGAGAAACACAACAAUGCCUUUGAAACAUAUUCCAAAUGUGUUGUCACCAAAUCUGCUACAUGUGUUAGCAUCCAUGGGGCAUGGUGACGAAAUAGUUUUGGCAGAUGCUAAUUUUCCAACGGCAUCAAUUUGCAAGUCUGGUCCAAUUGAAGUCCGAGCGGAUGGAAUCGACAUCCCGACAUUAAUGGAUGCCAUCCUCCAGCUGUUGCCGUUAGAUACCUAUGUAGAUCGUCCUAUAGCCCUGAUGGACCUCGUACCUAGUGAUAAACAAAGAGGACUACAGACACCAGUAUGGGAAAAGUACAAGACCAUCGCUUACAAACAUGAAGGAAAAGCGAUUGAUGUACAGCUUGUAGAGAGAUUUGCAUUUUAUGAACGAGCCAAAAAAGCCUUUGCUGUUGUCCACACAGGAGAAACAGCCUUAUAUGGAAAUAUAAUUUUAAAGAAAGGUGUUGUGGCCUAAUGAUGGAGAACUAAUCAGUCUACACAGUUCACAAAGACCAAGGGUAGAAAACAUUCCACAUAAUGUUGUAUUGUUAUAAUUAUAUACCUUGGAUAUUACAUGACAAUGUGUAAAGUUCCAAAGAUAAAAUUGAUUUAUAAUCAGAGAUACAGUUUACGUGAUAUUGGUUGGAAAUGCAUUUAGUUGUACAUGUGUACUGUGACCUUCAUAAAGAUUGAGGUCUCCAAUAUGUAAGAUCAUUUAAGUCACUGAAUAAUGAUUAUACUCGUAGAAUCAUGUACAAUGUAUUGAUUUAAUCAAGUGCUAUAUUGUUGUGUAAUAGAACAGAAUUUUACUUUGAUUUAUAAUUCUUACAUCUUAGGACCAAUAGCUAUCGUUUUGUGUAUCAAAUAGAUAAUUAAUUUUGCCUAAAGAAUAUGAUUAAUUUUGAUUUUGUAUUCUGAUUAGUUGUUGAUCUGUUGCAUAGAUAAGCAGUGUAGUAAGGACAUUUUUUGUCACUGCCAGGUGUAGGUUAUGUGAGUGAUAUUUUUUCCUUGACUAUGCAGAGUCGUAAGGAAAUUUUGUAUCAAUGUCAGAUGUAGGUUAUGGGAAUGAUAUUUUUACCUGACCAUGUUUAGUGUUUUCACAGUAAUUUUUUCAGGGUUGACUGUUGCACAUCUUGGGCAAGUUGUUUGUAUAUGAUGAAGAGCAGAUGAAACACUUUAUGGUAUUGUAUGUAGCAUUUCAAAAAUAACAACAAAAUCAACAAAUGGUAUAAUUGCCUUCAAAAACUGGGUUCCCUGAACUUACCAUAGAACAGAUUGAGGAUUUUGCAACAUUUUGAUCUGACUGAGUUACAAAAUAUCUCUUCAAACUUCCAUAUGGAAUUAAAAAUAUCCUGAAAGUGUAAAGUAUUUCAAAUAAAUUUAAUAACAGAUACAAUGUAUAUCCAUUUCUGAUUUCAAUUGAAUGUUUUUUUUUCUCAAGUCAUAUGUGAUUUCUAGAUUAUGGCUCAGGGACCUUCAUUUUUUUUCUGUGAAGGAAAGAAUUAUUUUGUCCCUUCCAAGGAAGAUGUUGAAGGUUCCCAAUUUGGCAUGAAAUCAAUUAAUAUAUUGCAUGCAUAUGAUUAAAUAUGGUUAUUUUGAAUGUAAAUCUGUUUGAUAUUAAUUACUAGUGUAUCUUGUUGAUCCAUUUGUCCUUGUUUUAUAUUUUAUACAUGUAUGUUGAUAAGUAUGGUAGUUUUAUGAAGGUGUAGGUGUUGGUUAUCUCUGCAUUUUAAUUUUGUUCUAAUUAAAAUAUUUUGUGUGUA